AUGGUGAGGGAACAGCGCGGCCUCCCUGCCGCGGUGGUGGGCGGCCCAAAGGAGCGGCACAUGAGGCAGAGCAGGCCCCAGUGCGACCCCUCUGCUCCUCUGCCUGACAGCUUUGCGGCGAAGCCUCUCAUGCCCAAAUCCAAGCAUCACACGUAUUUUGAGUUUGUUGCCAACGAGAACAAGAAGAAGAGGCUUGAAUACAAGGUCACAAACAAGAAAACCCCGCCCCCAGGAUUCGAGUUUGUCCCCAUAGGCAACCCCGACCUGACGACGGCAUGCAAAGAAAUCUCGCGAGAAAAAGAUGCCAUGAUCUUCAUCGUCUCCGCUUCCAAAGGCGCCGCCGGACCUCAUAUCUCCGGCCAGAUUCACCGCACCGGCCAUCACAUUCGGGCAACCAUCGUUGAAGAGGCCAAGGCCAGCCUGCAUCACUUCUCCCAGCUGCCCGUCGUCGCUACCAACGGAGAACCCGAACCCAUCCCCGAAUCACAGGAAGCCUACCAUGCACAGGCUGACGCUGCUCUCAGAGACUUGUUUCCUCGCAUACCCAACACGGAUCGCCAAAUGAUCAUUGACCAUUCCUUUACCCGAGUUCGUUUCCCGGCUCCUGCCACGUCCCUCGCUAACCACAGUAACCAGGGCGGCGUGUCCACCAAAGGUGCCGCACCCGUCGGCCUUUCCAACGACAUCUCCCUGGCUCGAAGAGUGCAGCUGGCUGUACUGGCCCAUAUACGUCAUAACCACACAACGUAUGAUCGGCUCCUCAAGGAGGUAUCCUGGGAGGGUGCUCGCAAAGCUGUCGAACAGCUCUGCCUGGAUACUCUUGUCCAGUGGCGAGGCGACGAAGAAACUGGCCGCGAUCAAUUGGAUGAGAUUCUCCGUGAAGUAGUCGUCAUCUCAGACUCGGAGACGGGAGAUUCGGACGAUGAAUCGACUGAUGCCACCUCCGCUGAGGAACCCGACCUGGAACGUGCUGCGGCUGGACCAUCAAGCCCAAGAUUUACUCUGCCACAAACCGGAUUGGAUACUCCCAUGGAUGUGCAUAUAGGCCAACCCGGCCCCGCUCCUGGACUUGGACAGCCCUCUGUAUUUGAACCUAACCAGCAGGGGUCCAAAUCCCAGAGGCGGAAUCAGCGCGGCUUUAAGCGAUAUCGUGCCUGGGAAGAAGCCAUCCGGCGGAAUAGAGAGGUUCGGGGCUCUUCCUCUUGUACCAUCAUGGAAACUGACAAUAGCCCGUAUUCGACCUACCCCCGUCCACAGCCAAUACACUCUGUUGCUCCAGUACAGCCAACCCAUCGAGCUCCUUUUGCAGGACCGUCAACGUCCCGGCCGAGGACGCCCCCGUCCGAGGAUGUACCGAUCCCUUCGAUAGAGCCAACCUCACCAAUGCAGCCCUCAUUUGUGCGUCGCAUACCCCCUCAACACACCAUGGACACUCAGCGCGCUAUGGACACUCAGCGCGCUUUGGACACUCAGCGCGCUAUGGACACUCAGCGCGCCAUGGAUACUCAACACCCGGACAAUUGGAAUCAGUCUCAGUACCAGACCGGCGCUCCAGGAAGGAAUGCCCCAUUCAUGAUAGCAUCUGGACCUGCAUCCCAGUACUUGGGAGCGCCUCCUCAGGCCCCCAUAUCAUACCAUCCCUUUCAAGCACCGUACGGGACAGAAGUAUACCUUCAUGCCAGGCAAGUAAAUGACGUACAACCUCCCGGGCCUAACGGCCACUUUCAGGCAGACUCUUGGCAAGUCCAUGCACAGGGCUCCGCCGCUGCGCACAGGAUCAUUAUGGAUGUCAACCGGCCAGGAGAGCGCUCCAACCCCAUCGUUAUGGAGGAUAGGGGAGGAUUUUACGAGCGCGUCCCCCAGACGGAAGAACCCAUCCACAUUCGCGAAGUGCGCCGCUGGUCUCGUCCCCCGGAGUUGUAUGGAAACCGCCAGUUUGCGCCCCGCCGCGAGAGUCCGAUGGUGCAAGACCAUGAGAUGGAGGGCAUCGAGAUGUAUCCCGUUCCCCGCGAGACCGCCCACGCGGUGCUUCCCUGGAGACCUCAGUACCAGAUAAGUCCCCCGCAGCCGGCCCCUCUAGCACUUGCCGACCACCGGGACCACGGCCCGAUCCAUAUCCGCGCCGUGUCGCGGUCCCCAUCCCACGCCGAGCAUCAAGGGGGCUUUCCAUCACCUCGAAGGGACCUAACUCAAAACGGCUGGGGCACCGCCAGAGACGGCCAGUACGUGCACGGACAGGCUCGGGGGCAUGGGUACCGGUCACCGCCCAUUCAGACAUCGCCGCGUCGGCACGGGCCGCGAGGGAACGUCAUUGUUCUCGACUAA